AGGAUGAGCAUCGUUCCGUCCUUCCCUCAUACCAAACCGUCAGACGUUCAUUCCGUUCAUUCGUCACUCCGUCUGUGUCUCCAUCCAUCUAUCCGUCUGUCGUUUCGCUCGUACGUUCAUCCAAACGUCUUUCCAUUAGUCUGUCCGUAUUUCCGUUGCGUCUAUACAUCUGACAUUCCGUGCUUUUAGUCCGUCUGUCCGUUUUUCCCUCGCACUAAUUCGUGCGACGAUCAUUCCGUUCCUCCGUCACUAUCCUUCUGUUAGUCUGUUCCGUACAUCUUUUAAUCCGUCCGUUCAACUGUCCGUGAAACUGCAGUCCCCACUUUUCCCUCUUGCAGUUUUUCUUUUAGUUUUAAGUAUUCGAUUCUUCUUUUGACAUUCCAAAACAAAUUAUUGUACAAAAUUCAAAAAAAUGGCUUUAUGCCCCAGGCUAAUGUCAGGAAUACUGGCGCGGAGCAGUGCCGCCAUGGCCAGAAGUUUGGUGUUUUUCUCAAAACGAUACGGCCACUCGAAGAACUUUGACGUCGACCCAGGCAAAUGUUGUAAAAUUCGUGACGCCGAGUCGCAGAAAUGCCUUGAAGCAAAAAUGACCGGAUGCAAGCCGAACAAGCUGCCGAACGACUGCAUCAAACAUGAGGAUCCGUUGCACUUAUUUUUAGAGCAAUAUCCCAAGCAACUGCUGAAGAUCAUACGACCCCUUGAGGAGAAGUGUGAGCUCUACAGGCACGAUGCGAGAUAUUACGAGCCGUCGGACAAGACGCGCCGAUACCAACGCACGUGGCCCGAGUGCCCGCUCAUUUGGCUGCGCCCACGAAAGAUCUGCUGUCCCGAGCCGGAGCACCAUGUGCCAGCGGAGCGGCGCACACGGAAGCCGCCCAGCGGGCCGACUUCGAUGACGGAUAGAUUUGCGCACAGAAUGAAGCUGCUGUGCGAAGAGACGCGCUGGCACACCAAGCCAGAGCUGAAGUGCAAAACGGCCAAGACGCCAUCGCAGUGCGCCAAGGUGAUGGCGCCAUUUCCCAGCUUCUCCGAGUGCAAGCAGCUCUUCACUCCGCGCUACUGUGACACCGAGUGCGCCUGCCGGGCUGUGCCCAGCCUGUGCGAGAUAUGGCGGCUCUAUCAUCGCAACUCGGAGCUGACGAAGAGCUGCACGAAGGCAUUAGUCAACUACUGUCCGUACAAGCGUCGGGCACGCCCUUUGCGCUGAAUAGCA